CAUCCAACGGCCAUGUUACAUGGUGACACGCCAUGUGCAAAUCACUAUCGCAAUCCCUUCCCAUGUCGUAUACGUGUCCGAGUAGCAUACGUGCCGGCGACCUUCUCAAAAGCGAAGACGAACGCCUCCCCUUCGCACGACGUAUCCGGCGGCGCAGCGCAGGCGCGAUGGGGAAGAGCGAGCUGAAGGCCAUGGCGAACCGGGCGAAGGCCAAGGGGCUGCAGAAGCUGCGGUGGUACUGCCAGAUGUGCGAGAAGCAGUGCCGCGACGAGAACGGCUUCAGGUGCCACUGCUCGUCGGAGUCGCACCGGCGGCAGAUGGCCGUGUUCGGCCAGGCCCCCGGCCGCGCCGUCGAGCGCUUCUCCGGCGAGUUCCUCGAGGCGUUCCUCGCGCUGCUCCGCCACGGCCACCGCGGCUCCCGCGUCGCCGCCACCGUCGUCUACAGCGAGCUCGUCGCCGACCGCCGCCACGUGCACAUGAACUCCACGCGCUGGGCCACGCUCACGGAGUUCGUCGAGCUCCUCGGGCGCCAGGGCCUCGCCAGGGUCGAGCACACGCCCAAGGGCUGGCCGGGCUCAAGCGCAAGAGGGGCCAAGGACCGAAGCAACCGGAAGGACCACUGGCUGAGCCCUGGCAUCGUGGUCAAGGUGAUGAGCAAAUCACUGGCCGAGAAGGGGCACCAUUACUACAAGCACAAGGGGCUGGUGAGGAGGGUGAUAGGCAGGUACGUCGGCGAGAUCGAGAUGCUGGAGAGCAAGCAUGUCGCCAGGGUCGACCAAGAUGAGCUCGAGACCGUCAUCCCGCAGAUCGGCGGGCUGGUACGGGUUGUCAAUGGCGCUUACCGGGGGUCGAACGCGAGGCUGCUCUCGGUGGACAUGGAGAGGUUCUCUGCCAGACUGCGGGUUGAGAAGGGCUUCUAUGAGGGGAGAGUUCUCGAGGCGGUCGAGUAUGAGGACAUCUGCAAGGUUGCUUAA